AUGACUGACAAAGACAUUAAAAUUAAAUCACUUUAGUCUGAAUUAGAAAAUAGACAAUAACAAAUCCUUACCUUAUAGGAUAAAAUUGCUAAUUUACAAUAAAGAAUUGAUCAGAAUGCAGAUGUAAUUUUGUUCAUUAAUGUAGAUUGUUGAAUUAUAAGAGAAGAUCAAGAUGCUUGAAACUUAAAAUGUGAAAUUGAUAGAGAAAAAUCAGAGUGAUGUAGUUGAGUGGAAGACAAGAGAACUUGAAUUUAAGGUAAAAUUGUCAUUUACUACUUUUUUUAUUAGCAAUAACUAAAAUAAAUGUAAGAGGAGUUAUCUAUUAUAAAGUCUUAAUUGGAUGAUGCUAAUGAUUAAUUAAAGGCUACUUAACCUUAAAAUGAAGAAAGCAAAGUAGCAGGAUUACAAUAAACUAUUCGUGAUCUACAACAAGAUCACAAUGAUUUAAGAUCUAUUAAUGAUAAAUUACUUUAGAAUGCUAAUUAAUUGACUAAUUAGAAUGAAUCAUUAAAAAGAGAACUUAUUAAUUCAGAAGAUUAGAAAAAAUAAUUGUAACUUCAAAUUUAAGAUUUAAAUAACAAACAUAAUCUUGAGUUAGAAUAAUAAAGAGAUCUCAUCAAAUAAUUGUAGUAUGAUCUUUAACAUAAAGAUACUCAAUAUGAAUAAUAAAUGAACAUACUUUAAAAAUUGUAAUCAUAAUUAGAAGAUAAGGUUAAUAAAAAAGAUGUAGAUUUGAAUUCAAUAAACAAAUAAAGAGAUGAACUCUUAUUAGAAAAUGAUAAUCUUAAGAAAUUAAAUGAAAAAGAAAUGCAAGAGAUAAAUAUUUUAAAUUAAUAAAUCAAAUCAUAAAAUCAAUAGAUUAUAGAUAAAGAUAAAUUAAUUUAAGAAUUAAAAAAUAAAGUGAAUAAUGAACAUAAUUAAAUAGUUUAACAAUAAUAAAAUUUCAUUAAAUUAGAAUAGAAAUUAAAAGAAUAAACUAUUUAAUUUGAGAAAUCUUUAAACGAUAAAGAUAAUCAACUAUUAGAAAUUAAGAAUAAUUAUGAAAUUAAAAUAGUCUAAUUUGAAAAGUAAAUAUAUUAUAUAUAUAUAGGGAAAAAUCUAUUAUUUAAAAUUAAUUAUAAUAAACAAAUGAUUAGAAUAAGGAAUUAUUAAUGUAAAUCAAGUAAUUAGAAACCUUAUGUAAAGAAGCAAAUAAUAAAUAAAUAGAAAAAGAUAAAAAAUUAAUUGAUGCAUUAGAAAGAAUGAAAAAAUUAGAUCAAGAGGUAUAGAGUGCUACUCUCUACUAUAGUUAAAAGCCUUGAUAAAGUAAAAUUCAGUGAGCAGAGAACAAAUCAUCUAUUUAGAAAGUGAGUUGAGUAAAAUCAAAGAAUAGAAUCGAUUGUUAUAGAGAGAGAAGACAGAAAUUAAAGAAAAAUUGGACUUUUUGGUUGCCUAAACAAAUCGAAAAGGUAAAUAGACUGAAAUUGAAAGUUUAAGAAAGUAAAUAAUUGAAUUAUAAACUGAACUUGGAAUGCUUAAAGAAUCACAUAAGGUUGCUUAAACUUCACUUAAAUCAACAUUUGAAUCAGUAUCUUAUUUUAAAGGGAGAAUUAAGAAAUUAGAUUUUGAAAAUCAAUCAUUAAUGGAUUCUAAAUUAAGAUUAGAAUCAUUAUUUUAAGAAUUAUUGGAAUCAACAAAAACAAAGAAAAGUGUUUAAAGGAAUUUAUCUGAAGUAUCUAUUAAACCACAAUAAUCAAAUAUGAUGAGUGAUAAUGUAUCAUCAAUUUUAGAUCCCACUUCUGAAAGAUUAACUGCAAAAACUAAUACAAAUUAGAAGACUGGAAAUGUGAGAUCAUUAUUCAAACGUCCUAUAUAAGUUAUGAAAAUCAGAUCUAAACCUAAAUAAUAGUCUUAACAUGAUUUUAAAAAGAGUGAAUAAACAAAUGAAGAUCAUUUAAUAUAAUAAGAUAAUAAUAAUAGUCUUUAAAUAGAAGAGAGUAUUCUUAAAGAUGAGUCAUAAUAAAUUCAACCUAAAGAUGACUCAUAAGUUGAAAUAUUAUGA